UUGCCGUCUACAUCGGGAAUUCGCCGAACAAACCAAAUUUCCAAAACGCUUUCACCGAUAGUUAGCAAAAGAAUUUUGAUUUAUAGAAACGGUGACGCUUUUCACAAAGGUCUUAAGGUAGCUGUAAAUACAAAGCAUGUUCAUUCAGUACAAUCUUUACUCGACGUUGUAAAUGAAAAAAUUGGCCUGCCAAAUGGAGCCAAAAAGCUGUACACAUUAAGUGGACAACUUGUUAAAACGAUGGAUGGAAUUGAGGAUGGAAAGGUUCUAUUUUCAAUGAUUACCUUUGAUUAUCUUUUUUUCUUCAGCGUUCUUACUUAUAGAAAUUUUACAUUGCAAAAAUCUUACUGUUUAAUCUUAGUGCAGAGCUAUACAAAAAAAAAACAAUUUUUCUCAAAAAAAACUUACUGCCGGUUUUUUCAGAGGUACUUAUUAUCUUCUCCUCGAAAAUUACAAAUUCUAGAGUUUGAUUUUACUUUGCUCAAAAGUUGGGCUCGUUAUAGUAAAACCGAAAAUAAACGUAAAUUGCUUAAGAUUCAUAAUUUGGCUAAAAAGUUCUAUCAGUCUAAAACGUUUUUCUCUGCUUAG